AUGUCGGUGUUUAGAAACUAUAAUCGCCUUUUCAUGUGUGGUCUGACAUCUUUGGAAACGGCUCCUAUCUCAGGACAAUCCCAGUCUGCCAUUGCUGAGGACACCAUCCAUCAAGUAAAGACUGUCUAUUUGGACCAAUUUGGUCAAGACCAAGAUGUCAUUAUUGCUGGGCCUGUGGACAAAAUCAUUCAUGACCAUCUGCAUUUGCAAAAGUUGUCUUCUCGAUGGAUUCCGAGGCUAUUCACACCUUUCCAGAAUCAGGAGCGAGCCCAUUGUUCUAAGGAUCAUUUGGGCAUGUGCCAAGAAACCACGAGGACGUUUUGGGCAGACUAA